AUGAGGGUAUACUGCCGGUUCGCGCCACCGUGCGCGCCUGCGACAGGGGCUGAGGAGCAAGAGAGGGGCGAUGCACAGGCGUCGCUGCUGCCGCCCCCCAUGCUUCUGCUGUCGCUGCGGGGCGACGCUGGGGGCGGAGGCCAAACCGUCACGCUGGCAGACCCACGCACCGGCAGCAUGGCCGCGUCUACCUGCCGCCGCGUCUUUCUCCCAGCGUGUCUGUCGCUUGGUGCAGGCAGCACCCCGCCGUCGACGAACGGUGCGCCCCCGCGCACGGCAAAGAGAAAAAACCCACAGGAGGAACUCUUUGACGAAGUUGUCCGUCCCGUGUUGGAUGACUUAAUUUCCGGCAAGCCAUGCACGUUUCUUGCCUACGGGCAGACGGCAACAGGGAAAACGUACACAAUGUUUGGGCCCAACGCCGACGGCGACGACAGCGCGUCGCUGCGGCGGCAAAACGAGCUUGGAACAACCACGGGCGCUGAGGCCGCUGCAUGUAGGCAGGAUGAGGAAGCGGAGGAAGAGGAAGAGGGCAUUGUGCCGCGGCUGCUACGUGCCAUCUUUGCCGCACCUGGCACUGGUGUUGAGCCGCGAAGCGCAGCCGUCGCUGCGGUGGAUUUGUCUUGUUUGGAGGUGCACAACGAAUGCGUGACCGACCUGGUGGCACUUUUGCUGCAGCAGCGCUCAAGGAAGGCAGCCCCGCUCGAGAAGAAGGAUGAAGGGUGCGGCGCGCUGGACGCGGAGGCGGCGUGGCAGGCGUGGCGGCGGUAUGAGCAGCGGGGGCGCCCGGCGGGGGAGCGCGGCGGCUUGUGGGACCCGCCACUCGCGCCGACGGCGCUGUUCGCCACCGCCGCGAUGGAGCCGGUGCCGCGAACGCUGACGUUCAAGGCGACGGAAAAGGCGAAGGUGAUGCGGGCUGCGUUGCGGCUGCGCUGCGAGUCCGCGGCGGAGUGCGGCGCCCUGCUGCGCGGGGUGCUGGCGCUGCGGAGUCGCAGCCAGACGGAGCGGAACGUCCGCUCCUCGCGGAGUCAUUUGGUGCUGCGGCUCGUGCUUCACGGCGCCGCGGCGGGGGCGGGGCCGCUUGGCGAGUCGCUCUUCGUCGACCUCGCCGGGUCCGAGACGUACCGGGAGCCGGCGCGGCUGGCGCACUCCCCCCCUGCGGCGUCCGCCUUCAGCUCGGACCGGCGCGACGGCGGCGGACUGGCGGCGGCGCAGCGCAGCCUCCGCCGCACGUGUGAGAUGCGGCACAUCAACGUUUCCCUCCUUGCGCUGCGCAAAGUAGUGCGGGCCCUUCAGGCCGCCUCCAACUCCCCCGCCGCCUUGUCGUCGUCUGUCGGGCGUGUCCCGUUUCGCGACAGCGCACUCACCACCAUCCUGGAGCCGUUUCUCGUCCCCGGCGCCGCCUCCGCUGUGACGUGGGUGGUGUGCUGCUCCUGCCUGCAGUGCGACUUCCACGAGACCGUCGAGUCACUCCGCCUGGGCGCCGAGGCCUCCGCCACCGCCGCCUGCGUGCAGGUUUGCCCCUCCUUUCCGCCUGCGCGCGUCGCAGCGGAAGUCGGCGUGGCCAGCAGCUAUCGAAGCAGCAGCGCAAAGGCGGCGGUGGGCACAAAGAGGCUGCCUCCCGGUAGAAACGCGUCUCAAGCAGACACUGCGGCAACUGGCGCCGUUAUUCAACGCGGCCGCGGCAAGACGCUUUCAGCUCCAGCGGCGUCGGCAUGGGCUGUGGGGGCGGUGGGUGGUGGCCGUUGCCGAUCUGCAAGUGAUGCGGAGGGGCGAGACGGUAAGGACGGCGGAGGAAGAGGAGAAGAGGCGGAAGAAGAAUUGACGGCAUAUAAGCUGUACGCACUGCAGCUGCUGGGGCAGUGCAAGACACUCUGUGAACGCUACGAUGAGUGUGUGGAAGAACUUGCCCGCACCAAGCAGGUCGUGGCGUCGCGCGACCGCGAAAUCGCCCGGCUGCGGAAGGCGUUGGCAGCAAAUGGCAGCCAACAAAAACUGUUGGCGGGGUCGCCAUUGUCACUGUCAUUGCCGAUAUCCACCGCACCGGAUGAGAACCUCCCGCCAGCGCCGCCUGCGUGGCUGCGAAAAGGCGCAAUGUCCGCAAAAAGGAACAAUAUCUCGUCUCUGCUCUGCGGUGGCUGCGCCGUGCAGAGUGGGCCGUCACAUGUCAUCGCAAGCGAAGCAGUAGCCGGGGUGGUGGCUGCCGCAGAAGAAGAAGUGGCUGCAGCAGCAGCAGCAGCAGAGGCGGAUCGGCUCGUGGAAACCAUCCUUCGGCGCUGCUGCGUUCAUCACGACGCCGUGCCUGUUGCUUGCAAGCCGCUCGAAGCCCCCGUAGAGGAAGACGGGGGCGAUGUGUUGUACUCAUCGUCGUCCGUUGCAAUUACCGCCACUACGAGUGUCGAGGCGGCAGCUCCCUCCGACGGUGGUUGCGGCACGCAAACUCCGCAGCGCACGGAAAGGGGCUCUUCAAGUUUCCCGAAGAAGCAGAAUCGCCGCGAGCACGUUGUGUCGUUUGUCUCUCCCAGCAGCCACGGCGCCGUGCCGCUGCUGCAACUGGCGGGGAACCUUCACCAGCCGCGGAGAUUUCCUGCGCCGCCGUCGCGCUCUGCGCUUUGCACUUCUUCGACCCGGCUGCAGGGAGGACCGCCGCUCGAGGUCGCUGUUACGGCAGACACACAGACAACCGCUGGGGCGCAUGCAGGCGGCGAUGUCCGAAUUAUACAGCAGUUGCUCUUGCGGGGUGCGGCCCUCGUCAGUGGAGGUUCGCCGAAGCCUUUACUGGAGGAGGGGGAGGGGGAGGGAGAAGAAUAA